AGGCUAACAUUUUGAAAUACAGGGUUUACCAGCAUAAUAAACAACUGUCCACUUGUUUAUAACAAUAGUCGUUUUGAAUAGACACCGCUGUCUACCACUUGCUCACACGUCAGAUGGUGUAAGCUACUCUGUCCAUUUCAAUAACACAAUUUUCGCCUUCGAGUAGCAACUGUCAGAUCCGGCAUUGUUUGUUUUGUUUUGACAAAUUUUGCAAAAACAAAACAUUUUCAAACACGUUUCUUUUAUUCAAGAAAUAUGCAGUAUAAACCAUACAUUUCAAUAAAUCAAAACAUUAAUUUUGUUAAUUAUACAACAACCACAAGAAACCGUGCCGAAUCCGACCGUUGUGCAAUCGAAGGCGAAAAUUGUGUUAUUGAAUUGGACAGAGUAGCUUACACCAUCUGACGUGUGAGCAAGUGGUAGACAGCGGUGUCUAUUUAAAACGACUUUUGUUAUAAACAAGUGGACAGUUGUUUAUUGGACUGGUAAACCCUGUAAUGCAUAAUAAGUUGAACAACAUGCAAACAACGUGUUUUUGAACAUUUUAAUGGAUCAAACACACCAGAGCUACCGAUUUGACACCUUCAAGAGUAGGACGCUUUCAUUAUGUACUAUGCCCGAUUCAUACUUCUCAAGGCCCGAAUAGAAAGGACAGUGUCCAAUUGAGGAUUUAAGUCGCCCGAAAAAGUAUUCACGGCGACCGAUAACGCUUUGACGACGCCCGAUUGGCUAGGUAAUCCCUGUAUGAUUUCCCGUCCGGCAAAAUGAGUGUAUUUUUUGAGUGAUUUGAGUACCGCCCUCCGUUAGCAGUUCCACGCAAACAAUGAGACUCCAAAAUUUGAGUGAUUCAUACAGAGGGGUAUGAGGAAGCUUGAGGAAGCUUGAGGAAGCACAGAGAAACGCGCUGCGAUGAGAGUUCGCAUUCUGUUUUACACGCGCGCUUCACUAACACCAAUACAAAUACCGUGCUUUGACGAGCCGUCUGUGAAUGUGUGUGUCUUCUUUCAGCGAGCUCAACUUGGAACUGCUCGUCACAUCGUGUUGUCUCGCUUACACUACAGCAUCGAACCAUCGCUCCGUAUGUCCCCCCUCCUACGCGUACAAAACCACCAGUACAGCGCGACGCUUUGACGGAGAUGGUUGUGCGCGUUUUGUUCUAAGUCCCACGCGCAGUGUUUGUGCGUUGGUGCGCAUUUCGUUCAAAGUCUCGUGCGCCGGUGUGUUUUGAUAAAGUGUGAAGUGAACAGUGUGUACAGACGCAUAUGCAGUGCGGGCAUCGACAGGUAAGGAUCCAUUUAUUCACAGAUAUGUGUUUGCUGGAUGGAGGUCGUACUUAGCAGGACGACGACAUGAUGUGUGUUUUUGUCAGGUUCUAAAUGUGUGACGAAAGUUUACAUUAAGUUUCAAUAAAGUGUUUAAUGUAACCAAAAAUGACCGUGUUUGUGUUUGCUUUUAGAAUAAGUGCGCAUUUGCGAUCGUGUCUAUUCAUGAAAGAAAACGAGAAACGAAAGAAACAACUAUCUUUACAUGUGUUCGUAGCAUGGCUCGAAAGAACACAAACACAUUGAGAACUGCAGAGCGCACCGUGCGUUGCGGGUGGGAUGGGGGAGGGCUCGCGUGAGUGGGUAACUCAUUGGUCGAAGGGACACCCCGUCCGGCAAAAUGAGUGUAUUUUUUGAGUGAUUUGAGUACCGUCCCUCCUCCGCGGUGCAAAAUAUGAGAACCCCACUCACGGAUCUCAAAGUUGCAGUGUUUCUCCCUACCUCCGCGAUAUUUUUUACCCUUUUGGUCCAAGUUCUGCUUUGUUGCGCGAUUACAUUUGUUCUUACUCCAUGGUUUGCUUGGUUUUUUGUUAUUUUCUCGUGCGAACUCACUUUGUGCUGCUUCUUCUAGUCUUAGCUUGAUUCUUGUUCACGAAGAAGUUGUUUUCACCGUGUGUUUUGACAGUUUAAUUCUGUUCCAUUUUUGAAAGCGGUAAGUUCGGUUUGCUGCAUUCUCGUAUUUAUUAAUAAAGUAUACUUAAAUCUAUUUUAGAAUAAACCAUCAUGUCUAAGCGUUCGAAACAAACGGGAAAUUUUUAUAAGAAGAGGGCUCGGUUGAUGGAUGAGGUCGAAAGGAAUGUGGAUGCAUUAAACAUCACGCUUGAAACGGCUUCGACUUCUGUUUGGCCGGACCUUGGAGUGGGUAAGUAGAAACAAUGAAAUUGAAUGUUUCCAGCAAUCUACGAACAAAUCAGCUUAGCCACCGUUAGCUUAAAGAAAGUGAUUAAAAUAGUCUGUGUGUGUGUGUGUGUGUGUGUGUGUGUGUGUGUGUGUGUGUGUGUGUGUGUGUGUGUGUGUGUGUGUGUGUGUGUGUGUGUGUGUGUGUGUGUGUGUGUGUGUGUGUGUGUGUGUGUGUGUGUGUGUGUGUGUGUGUGUGUGUGUGUGUGUGUGUGUGUGUGUGUGUGUGUGUGUGUGUGCGUGUGUGUGUGUCUGGCGAGGGGGGAGUUAAUUUCUUAAGGAAAAUAUCCGUUUAGUUGUUGGGUAUAAUCUGGAAUUCAGGAUCCAUGUUAGGCGAGGUUUAGUCAGGUCCUUGGUACAUACAAACCAUCAUUUUUAAUAUUCCCUUUUAUUUUCAUCUCUAGAAGUUACACCAGAAGAUUUGGAAUUGUUGUUUGCAGGAUGUAGUUCGGCAAAGCCAACAACAUCUACCACUACAACAACAUCGAACGCAACCACGACAUCGAACGAUUUUCAUGAAUUUGAAGAUAUCUAUGAUUCGGCAGAUGUUGUGACUGAUGCCAAUGAUCGCUUCGAAUUCAUGAAAAAUUUGAAUUUGAAGGAUGCACUUGUGCAUCUUAUCAUUCUUGGCCGUGCUUCACGUUUUUUAACAGAAGGCUUCCUUGCCAUCUUAAGGAAGUUCUUUAAAGCUAAAGUCCCUAAAACAAAAAGAACUUUGCUAAAAACUGAAGCCGAUAUUAAAUCAGAAAUUACACCAAUUAAUGGGGGUAAAUUAUGGUAUCGUGGCAUAGAAAAAGUGCUUCUUAAAUAUUUUGAGUAAGAAUUUUUCAAACAUAUUGGUACUAAAUGAAAUUUCUCAUUCGACGUGUGUAUAUUACAGAGAUAUUGAUCCUGAACCGGACAUAUUUACCAUCGAUGUUUCUAUCGACGGGCUUCCACUGUUUAGAAGUUCCCGUAAACAGCUUUGGCCAAUACAAAUAAGGGUGGUCGAAUUACCAAAAGUUCCACCAUUUGUCAUUGGAACUUAUGGAGGCCCGAAGAAACCCCAUAGUAUUGAAGAAUUUUUGAAUCCUUUGGUGAAGGAAAUAAACGAUCUCCAAAAAAGAGGCCUUCAGUUUAAGCAUAAGUUGGUGCCAAUGGUUCUUCGGGCUUUUAUUGCAGAUUCGCCGAUGCGGGCCACUUUGAAAGCUACAAUGAAUUUCAAUGCCAGACAUGGAUGCUUGAAAUGCACAUGUGUUGGGACAACUAUUCAGGUUGGACCUAAUAAAAAAAAAAUUAUUUUAGAUUCCAUCGAUGCACCUCCACGCACGAACGUUGGAUUUAGGCAAAGAGAUGACAAAGCUCAUCAUAAAGAAUGGUGCAGUCCUUUGGAAGCCAUUGAUGACUUUGAUAUGGUCGAAGGAAUGCCAGUGUCCGACAGGUUGCAUUUAUUGGAUGAGGGAAUAUUUCAAAAAAUACUAGUAGGGUUUUUGAACAACACUUUCGAACUAUUAGGCCAUAUUUAUCCUCGUCAGAAGGAAGUAGUAUCUGCCUAUAUAAUCAAAAUUAGGCUUCCCUAUGAAAUACCUCGUAGAAUCCGGUCCCUUGAUGAAAUUGCGCAAUGGAAAGCUACUGAAUACCGCAUCUUCUUCCAUUAUUUAAGCGUAGUUAUACUAGAAGAUUUUUAUCAAUAUGAAGGUUCAUUUAACCAUUUUUUGAUGUUAUUUUCUGCGAUAACAAUAUUUUCUUCAAGGGCCCAUCAACAAUAUUGGUCUCUGGCAAAAAUAAUGUUGGACGAAUUCCUUAGACACUUUGGGAAAUAUUAUGGACGGUCUAACAUAACCAGCAAUGUUCAUAACCUUCAGCAUGUUGCUCAUGAAGUUGAAAAGCUUGGGCCUCUGGAUUUAUAUUCCGCAUACGAUUAUGAAAAUGAUUUAAGAUUUAUUAAGCAAGACGUAAAAUCAGGCACUAAUAUAGUUGAACAAGUAGCUGGUCGUCUAACCGAACGCAGUCAAGUAGUAAAAGCCAAAAACAUCGCGAAACUUAUAUACCCGAGACUUAGACCAAACGGCCGUUUCUUUAUUACCGAGGAUUUUUCCCUUCACACACAGUUCCAGAACCAAUGGUUUUUAACUGAAGAAAGGAAUAUUAUUAAAUUUGUAAAAGCAAAGAAAGAUGCUUGUGAUUCCUUUAUAAUUGUUGGCGAUUUAAUCGAAUCAUGUGAGGAACUUUUUAAUGUAGUGUCUGAUGAGGACAAUGUGAUAACAGAUAUACAUUUAUCAUCGACUGAAAUUUGUAUCUACAAAGUUAAGCUUAAUGUUCCUACAAUAAGGGUAGAGGUCCCCUGUACAUCUGUGCUAUGUAAGCUCGUUCCAAUUUUUAAACCAUCGCGGUCUUUAUUGCAAAUGCCUGUAAGGACAACACCCCAGCCAAAUUCAAUAGCUUUAUUUCCUUUGUUACACACGUUUAGGAACGCAUAAUAUGUAAAAUAGUUUAUUAAAAAUUAUUCAACAAAAAACAAGUCGUUUAUUUAUUUACUAAUCGUGAUUUUAACUUUAAUAAAUGACAUGAUUUUUAUUAAUUUAAAAUUUCAGUUAAAUAAAUAACUUUGGUUUUUGCGGCACCGCAUCGAACUCAAAAUAGAAAAGAGCUUAUGGGUACCAACUGUAAAAGUAAACGAACGAACAUGUUUUAAUAGUUCACGUAUAUUUAACUAAACAUUAUUUAUAGAGCCCAGGUCUAUUCCAUCUCUUAUAAAACUAAUAUGUUCCUAACAAAGUAAUAGUCAACAAUACUAAAAUAACUUAACUAGUUCGUUUGUUUUUUGUUUCGCUUGUGCGCUUUAUGCACUACGCUUUUAGUUAUUCCUCUUGUUAAGCUUGCACUUUUUGCAUUACUAAUUUUGUUUUUUAAGAAUUGCUCGACAUCUUUUUCUGUUGUCUGGGCACCUCCUACCCGUUUGAAGACAUUCAGAAUGUUUCGGUAUGCCACUAACGCUACCUUUUCCGAGCCAUUUCGCGAAACACCUCUCCAAUUGCACUGUACCACAAACUUACGACAGAACACAUUGUAAAAUGAUUCGUGAAUCCUUUGAAAUUUAUCUGUUGAUUGCAUUUGUGCUUUUAACCAGUUUUCUAACGCUUCUGCAUUAGAUGUUAAUGAAAGACUGGACUCUAAACUGUCCAGUUGUUGCUUGUUGGUAACGACCGCAGGAUGAAACAUCGGUCGCUGGACAGUGCUUUCUGUUUCCAGAUUAGUUUCGUUGCUUCUUUCCUUAAAUGCAUUCGUAUUUACAAUAUCCUUUAUUGCAACAGAAAUGCCAGCCACCACCGUGGUCAUUCGUGCCGUUUGCACAAGAUUUGCUUGUGUAGCAGAUUUGAUAAGCUGCAACUCCUGCAAAAUGUUUUCUCCAGGAUUGUUCGCCAUUUUGUUCUUGACUGUAACAUUACCAAAAUAUUAAAUGGAAAUAUUUUAACAAUUUGUGGUAACUACUUACUUUUGUGAACUAAAUUAUCGUUUAACUAAGCGUAUUGUAAUCGCAAAAUUUAAGCAGUCCACAAUCUGUUUCGGCGUACAUAAACAAGUGCAUUCACGUUUGAAUCUUCAACAUAGAAUGGAAAAGGUUUUGCAUGAAAAACAGUCAACCUUAUGUCAUAUAGAGGCUAAAAAUAAUUCAAGUGAAUAUUUUCUUGGAGAUUGUUAAAUUAUUUCGCCGUAAAGUUAUAAUUUAGAACAUAUAUUUAUUUCUGAUUUAAAUAUAAUUUAAAAUAAUGACGACAAUGCCCUUUUUCAAAUAGUUUUAGGCUUUAAAAAGAAAUAUAACACACAUACACCAUCAAUAAUAUUGACAUUAUGGCUGCUGUCACAAUUAUUGACCGACCCAAGGUGUUAUAAAUGACAAGGUGAAGUUGUUCAGAGCAAAAUGACAUUUCUCGACUUGACAUUUCUCUUCCGGGGGCUACGGUAUAAAAAUCGGGGAGGGCUGGUGCGGGGUAAUGAAAUUUGUAUGCAGAGAGUGACAGAUGUCCCCCACAAUGUCGCCCAGCAAAAGCGAUAAAAAUCAACCUUCUAAAUACAUUAUCCUUGGACCGACCUGUCUCAAAGCAAUGUUAGCGCGUUUGACAGUUCAAUCAUUGUUGGUGUUUGCAGCAGCCAUGGCGAGCAAAAGAAAUCUGUUUGCCAAAAAAGUUGUCUUUACAAGGCAAAAUAGCUAGUUCAUGUAAGUUUAAUUGUAAUAUAAUGUCCCAUUAAGUAUUUUUUAACAGGUGUGUCGCAAAUUCUAAGCGUGAUGUGAAUAACAAGACGAAAAAAGGAUCCUCGAAAUUGCUCAACAUCUAGCAAUCAACAGCACCAUGCUUCACUGCAUUACCAAUAAAUGCAUUUAUUCUACGCUGUGCCAUUCAACUAUGGUGUAAAAUACUUCAUGAACACACGGAGGAAAUCAUCACACGAAGAAGUGCCGGUACAGAAGGAAAAAGGCCCCCGAAAGAGUGAUAAAUUAGUCGAUGAAGUGAAGAUUAUUAUUAUAAUGCGUUGUAAAUUGCUUAUUGUUACGUUAAAUGUUAAAAUAUAUCCCUUUUUUGAAAC